AUUACAGCAUUUAUAAACAUUGGUGGACGAACUUUGUAACUAGUCACAAGAAGUUUUUCGGACAUAGAUUUUGUAUUUGGGACACUUGUAAAAUUCUGACGCGAGGAAUGACGAGAUGAAUUGUAUCCCGGUAUUGUGAAGAUGGCGCGAGUACAGAGCCCAGUCCCAUAGACUGAUAGGAAGGAAUGCAGAGAGAUGGAAGGUGCUUGGGAUAUUGCAUCUGUAAUCUUCCAGGUGUGGCUGUCAAUUGUGGUGUGCCUCAUCAUGUUACCUGCCAUGUUUGGCGUGUCCCUGGGGUUCACUGAUAUCUACAUCAAGGUGCUGGUUAAGACACUUGAGUGGGCAACUCUUAGGAUCCAGAGAGGGCAAAAGGAACAGGCCAAACCCUCAUCACAAUCAAACAAUGGGAUUAUAGAGAAGGACGAUGGCUCAAUGGAGGAGGAGAUCGGAGAGCUGCGACGGUCCCACCCCAAAUCUCUGGCAGGGGGAGACUUUACGCUAUGUGAUGUCUUUUAUUUUUGUAAGAAAGGCAUUGAGAACAUUGUUGAGGAUCAGGUGACUCAGCGCUUCUCGUCAGAGGAACUGGCUUCCUGGAACCUCCUCACGCGAACCAACAUUAACUUUCGUUACAUCAGUGUGCGGGUCACUAUCAUAUGGGGCCUGGGAGUUUUUAUACGUUACUGUAUCCUGAUGCCUCUCAGGAUCACUUUGGCUGCUAUUGGAUUGAGCUGGCUGGUGAUUGGGACUACUAUUGUUGGAUUUCUACCCAACAGCAAUGCGAAGAAUUGGCUCAGUGAUCUGGUUCACAUUACAUGCUACAGAAUAUGUGCCAGAGGCCUGUCAGCCACUAUCUGCUAUCAUAAUAAGGAGAAUCGCCCCAAAAAAGGAGGUAUUUGUGUUGCCAACCACACCUCCCCAAUUGACAUUGUCAUUCUGGCAAACGAUGGAUGUUAUGCUAUGGUAGGUCAAGUUCAUGGAGGGUUGAUGGGGGUCAUCCAGAGGUCAAUGGUGCGAUCCUGUCCCCAUGUGUGGUUUGAGAGAUCAGAGGGGAAAGAUCGCCAGGCGGUUGCUAAAAGGUUAAAAGACCACAUAUCCGAUGAAAGCAAGUUGCCGAUCUUGAUCUUUCCAGAGGGUACUUGCAUUAAUAAUACCUCAGUCAUGAUGUUCAAGAAGGGAAGCUUUGAAAUUGGUGGAACGAUAUACCCAGUAGCAAUCAAGUAUGACCCUCAGUUUGGAGAUGCUUUCUGGAACAGUGCCAAGUACAACAUGGUGAGCUACCUCCUCAGAAUGAUGACCAGCUGGGCCAUUGUGUGCAAUGUGUGGUACCUCCCACCUAUGAAGCAACAGGAUGGGGAGGAUGCUGCUCAUUUUGCUAACAGAGUGAAAUCAGCCAUAGCACAUCAGGGAGGACUGGUGGAUUUGUCCUGGGAUGGAGGACUUAAGCGAGCAAAGGUGAAGGACUCUUUUAAAGAGGAGCAACAGAAGAUGUACAGCAGUAUGAUUGUUGGCUUGGACUGUCACAAAACUUUUGUGGGUCCUGCAUAGAUUUCAGCUCAAAAUAUUUAUGAACUUGAUUUGAAAGUGAAAAACACUUGUAGGUCAGCCAUCGGUAACAAUCACUCAGCUUGCAACAACACAGUUAUGAUGCUGUGUGAUUUUCUACCUUUUAAUAUAGGGGGCUCUUUUUUUUUUUAACUGGAACAUUAACUUCUUUCUUUCUUUUUUACAUCCCAAACUGUAUUUGUCUAUUUGGGUGUUAGGUUUAUCUUUUGAAUGCGUCCUUAAAUCUAUAAUAAUACUGUGAAGACAAUUCAAGAUUGUGGUGAUUUAUAGUCUUAUUACUCUUUUGUCAAGUUAUUUGUUCUCAAACAUUGCUAGGUGCUAAUAUGUUUUGUUCUCCCCACAGUACACUAUUUAGAUUUGCAUGUUACUAUUUUCACUUUUAUGCAUGGUCAUAUCCUAUUCUGUUUUCUGUUACAUGAUUUAUGAAAGAUCACUGCUUAAGAUCAAGCUCUUAAAGAAUGUCAGUUGCACACUGUUAAAGGGAUCGUUCACCCAAAAAUGAAGCUUUUGCCAUCAUUCACUUUCCCUUAAGUUGUUUCAAACCUUCAUGACUUUCUUUCUUUGACGUCCAUAUAAUGAAAGUGAAAGGUGAAUGAGACAUUACAUCACAAUUUGUGUUCCAUGGAAGAAAGAAAAACGGUUUAGAACAACAUAAGAAUGAGUACAUUAUGAUAGAAUUUAAAUUGGGGUUGAACUAUUCCUAUAAGUACUUUUCUCAGGUCCAGCUGACUGUUGUUGUGUGGACACUAGAGGUCACUCUUACCAAACUAAAGAAAGUCUUAGCCAUGCCUGACAGCUCGCUAUCACAAUUUGCCUUUUCUAAAUAAAACAAUUAAAUUAAAUAUGAAUUCUUAUCUUUGGUUUUACAUCAGAACAUAAAUAAUUCUAGAUAACAUCAUAUUUAGAAGAAAAACACCUGAGAAAGCCAUGUAAGUCAAGAAUCAUUCCUAAUCUAAAGUAUGAGCCAAGUCUGUGUACUAUGGAACGACCACAUAAAAUGUACAUAUAUCUAUCAAGUCUUUACAAAAAUAAUUACAUUAAGCUUGUGAGCACUUUUCAGCCCUCUAUAAAAAGGGCAAAUCUGUCUCCCUUCUGUCAAUUAGUGAUGGGUGAUGCAUAAAGCACCAUUAAGUUCUUGAUUGCACGAGCACUAGCUCAUUUUACUUAGAGCUUCAUUGGAACGUCUAUAAUUAUAAACUCAUUAGGCACUAACAUUUUGCUACAGAAACUCUCAAAGUUUCCAAGCAUUGAAAGAGGAGAGGGUGCAGCCAUGCUAAAUUCAAACAGCAGAAUGUGAGCAAUAUGUGCUUACUUUGAUGGCAGUUUAAUAAAGAAACAUAGAGUGUGAAAUAGAACAUAGUUAUUCUACAGCACAUAGGGAUCUCUCUCUCUCUCUCUCUCUCUCUCUCUCUCUCUCUCUCUCUCUCUCUCUCUCUUUCUCUGCAGCACAUCUCCAGACAAUCCUCCAGCCCCAUGAAAGGCAACACUGGGCUUUAAUAACAGUCCUGCAACUUAAAUUGCUUGAACAGAAAUGUUUGUUCUCCCCUAACAGGAUUGUAAAUUAUUAAUCGGAUCUGAAGCCGAUUUUAUAACCUGAUUGUUGAGGUGGGAUUCUCUACAAGCAGUGCUCUGGCACACCAUUUACUGUGAUGUAUGUGUCUGCACAUCUUUAUAUCCAAUUUAAUGUGAUUCGGAUAGAUUUCAAAGCAACAUCAUAAAAAGCAUGGAAGUGACCCCAGCAGAGGCUUGAACGCAGCCUCCGUAUGAUGGCCGGCCAUGUCUCUGUAUUUUGAUUAGAUUUCCCCGAUUUCUGUUAUUACCCAGAUGUGAUCUAUACAAAUGUAAUGCCAGUACACUCAGUAAAUAUGAAUAAAUCGCUAAAUUAGAUCAUUUUGCCAGAGAAUGGAGUUCAAGCGGGACAUCAUUUUAAAUCACAGUUUGCCUGGAACUGAGUGGUUUACCUCAUCAGAAGGGUAAAUGACCCUGCCUUUGUAGAGGACCUACCAUUAGUUAGAGCAAAAUGUUUUUUUAAAUACAUUGUUCUACAAUCUUUUCUGGGACUCAAGUGGACCUCCUACACUAAUGCAUGAGAUCUUGAGGUACAAUACAUCUCUGAGGGGAAAAUCAAUAGAGGAACACUGGGAAAGAGUCUCUACAGACUCUCUUUUCUCUAAAAGCUCGGCACCUCAGGAGGAGGUUUAGUGCUCAAAUAAGCCCAAACGCAACCCUAUUAAAUUUAGUCAGGUUUUAUGAUAAUGACUUGAUAAAUAAAACGUUACUCAUGGUUGGCAAGAGUUGGAAUAGCAUUGGCCAAUCUAUUAUGGUUGCUUGCUUUGUUUAGAUUUUAAUUGAAUCAUUUACUAUAUUUAGGCAAUCAAAUUACCUUAAUUCUGGGUUUAAACCUCAGGUGUGCAUUUGUUUACAUUAGUGUCAAUAAAUGUCCUUUGAAUAUGUUUAAGUAUUAAAUAUUUCUCAUUUUGUUCAAUUAAGUUUAUAUUUCUUUUUUGUUGAUGUGAAUGGAGCAAUGCACUCCACAACUGAUGUUUCUUUGCUUGUGUCCAAGACAGACCUGACUGAAAAAAUAAAUAAAAAACAUUCCAAAGUAUGUCCAUGCACGGUCCAAAUGAAAGGUUUGACUGAGUGUCUGCAGAAAGGAAAAACUAAAUAAAUAAUAA